AAAUACGCAACCCCCCCAAUCUGCUUUGGAGGCUACCACAUCAAGAACAGCAGUCCAAAAAUAUCAUCCAUCAGCUAGAUCAUGGCACCACUGCUAGCCACCCAGCCGCUGAAGGCAAUCUACACAAUCUACAUCCUUCUCACCAUUCCCGUACGAGCCGUAUAUUUUUACCUGAGAUACCUGGUCAAGCCCCUCCACCCAGAAUGGAAUGCCAACAUGAGCUUGUUGAGCGCAAUGCUAGAUGUGCUCUUUCAAUACUGCCUGGUUACCGGAUCUCGACACGUCCUCGACAAUGAUCCAAAGACAGCGAAGGAGAGGUUCGUGGAAAUCGAUCCGCCACCGCAAGAACUCUUCUCCGGAGCCAUCGCAGCCACCGGUAUUGUCAAACCUGCACCUGUCAAAGGCGUAUGGCUUCCUCGUGUCCCUCCCAAACAUUCGGCCGAAUUGAAAAAAGAAAAGGUCGUCCUGCACUUUCCAGGAGGUGCAUUCGUCGUCACCUUCGGCCAUGAGUUCUCAGGGAGACCCGCCGCAGAAAUCUUUACGAAACACCUGAAAGCGUCCCUUGUGUUGUGGGCGCACUACCGGCUCUCCGAGAACGACGAGACCCGGUUCCCCGGAGCGGUUCAGGAUGCUGUUACCUUUUACCGUCAUGUCAUCUCUCUUGGCUUCGAGCCCGAGAAUAUAAUUAUUUCGGGCGAUUCUGCUGGCGGUAAUGUGGCCCUCGCCUUGCUGCGCUACCUCGAGGCUUCCAAACUGCCCGAACUUCCUCUCCCGGGAGGGUUCAUUGUCUUUUCGCCCUGGGUCAGUGUUACGACCAGGGCAGCAGCGCAUUAUGCCAGCUGCGAAAACCAAGAUUCUGAUAUUUUAAACGGAGCGUUUUUGCAGUGGGGGGCAGAGUCAUACCUGCCUUCCAUGGAGAGACUUCCUGCUGAGGUAGAGGCAUACGUCUCACCGAUACACCAUCCCUUCCAGACAUCAGUUCCUGUCUUCAUUUGGGCCGGCGCAGCCGAAGCCUUUUGCGCCGACAUUAAAACUUUUGCGAAGGAGAUGGCAGAUACCCCAGGCAACAAAGUCCGGUUCUAUGCCCAGGACAGGGCAGCACACGAUCUUUUGCUCAACUAUCACAUGUUUAAGUUGGAAGAAGGAUUCUAUGCAUCAAUGAGACAAGCUUGCAAGUUUCUUCACAACGCAGAGUGAGUGGUGAUGGACACUGCGUUACGAGCGAACUUGUUCUAUAUAGUUGAAUUUCACUUCUUGGUUCAAGAAGAGUAAGCUGUUCCUGUCAAAUCACCGAGAGCCUCAGUGUAUUUGUUGCAAUAACAUUUCUCUGUUGGACUUUUCCACCGCUGCUACUUG